AGGAAGCAAGCUCGGUUUGUUUCACAGUCUUAGUUCAUAAGCGAAUUGAUAACAGAAGAGGCUAAGGAAACAUAUUUCCUUUAUUUUCAUCAUGGAUAAUGAUGUCCCCGUGCAGACAAAGGACUGGAAGAAUACAAAGGAGGCGGUGGCGAACUUUCGACGACUGCUGCUUUGCUCCAAAUGCUCAAAUUUAAUGACGGAUCCUGUGUGUCUAGGAAUGUGCGAGCAUAUGCUGUGCAGGUCCUGUGCUGGCCCCCGGGCAGGAGAUGGCUGCGUGGUGUGCCAGAGUCCUGCGUGGGUGAAGGACAUCCAAAUCAACAGGCAGCUCAGCAGCAUCAUACAGCUCUUCUGUGGUUUGGAGUCUCUGCUUGAUCCCAUAAAACAUCCAGAUAAGGUUCAAACACAACCUAAGAGCCCCGUCUUUAAACACAAAAAGAACUUCAAGAUCUGGUUCAGCCCCCGUAGCCGCAAGGUGCGCUGCAUGGUGGAGAAGCCUUCAGAGGUCACUGUACUGGAGAGCACGUCUUCUGGAGAAACAGCUGCGGCACAGCCAGACUCCCUCACUGCUCAACACCAGGACCUGUCAGUUUUCAAUUUCACUUUGUCCUCCCAAGAUUCUAGCUCUUCUUGCCCUCAAACAUGCAAGAAUGAAAACAGGAAGAAGAGGUCAACUAAGAAAAAUGCCGCCAGCAGGAAGGUGCAAGGAGCCACUAGGACCACACGAAAACGGGCCAAGCAGGAGAUGAAGAAGAACAGGCUGGAGGCUAUAAACCAGCAAUGGGGGAUCACCAAGGAGGCAGAUGCCUUGAAGGAAAAGGAGCAGCCCUGUGCUGAAGGGGCGAGGAGGUCCAGUAAAAGAGUUUCCUUCCUAAGCCCCGCUGUCACGUCUGACGAGCCUCAGCCAGUAGUGCCACAGGGGAGUGCUAAUGAACUCAGCCCUAACAGAAGCACCACGAGGGAGAGUCUCCAAGUAGGCAGCACCACUGUACUGAAUGACCAAACCCAGCCUGGUCAGAGAAUGUCAGACAGUGUCGACCAGCAUGACAAACUGAGUGAAACUGACAAGCCUGAAAAACACCGAAAUGUGUCUCCCCCAAAGUCUUCCUCCAAGAGAUCCAGAUUGGAGGAGAAGGUCACCACCUUGGAGACCACACCAAAAAGGCCCAGGGCUUCCCCAGGCAGGGGGAGGAAAUCACAGAUGUCUCCUGCCGUUCUCAAUCCCCCAUCUUCUGCUAGCCCCAGGUUUGAUAAGAGAAUCAAAAACUCCAGAGGAGAGCAAGGAGACAGCCCCUCUGCCCGAGCAACUGUUGAUAGAAAAUCUCCCUGUUCUCCUGGUGCAUCUGUUGGACGUCCCACUUCAGGAAGCCCUGCGGUGAUGAAGAGGAACCACAAGGGAGAGAGCCUGCUGCAUCUAGCUGCUAUAAAGGGGGAUGUAGAGGCUGUCAAAGAACUGCUGGACCAGGGGGCUGACCCAAACCUGAAGGAUAAUGCUGGGUGGACACCUCUGCAUGAAGCAUGUAACCUGGGUUACCUGGCGGUUGUGGAGGUGUUGGUCUCUAGGGGAGCCCUGUUGAAUACGCCUGGCUAUGAAAAUGACUCACCACUCCACGAUGCUGUGAGGAACGGCCACCCAGCCAUUGUUAAACUGCUGCUACAGCUUGGAGCCUCGCAGAACGUACUUAAUCUGUAUGGAAAGCGGCCUGUAGAUUACGCAGUGAGUGUGGAGAUGCAGGAGAUUUUCCAGGAAGCCUCAGAAGGAACCCAAUAUGCUAACACAUCUCUGAGCCCGUCAGCCAGUCUCUCUAAGUUGAGCGACUGUGUGAGGAGGGAUGAAACGGUGGUGUUUCUGGCCAGCAAGCUGUCACAGCCAGAGCAGCUUCAAGUUGCCAAACUGGGAGAGCUACUGGGAGGGAGUAUGGCUGACACCUUCUCUGGCUCAGUGAGCCAUGUCGUGGUGCCAGAAGGACACAUGCCCACCACCAACUCCACCCUCCUGGGUCUUCUUGCUGGCUGCUGGGUUGUCAGAUUCAGCUGGGUGGAGGCAUGUCUGCAGGCAGGCAAGUGGAUACCCGAAACUGAACACGAAGCGGGAGAAGGCCCCCAGCGCAGUCGCGUCAACAGAUGCAGCUUGCUCCCACCGCUCUUCGAUGGCUGUUUCUUCUUCCUGCUUGGCUCCUUCAAGGCGCCUUCCAGAGACGAGCUCACCAAGCUGCUCCGGAAAGGAGGGGGUCAAUUUCUGAGCAGGCAGCCUAAGCCGGACAGCGAUGUAACACAAACCUUGAGUGCCGCUGCCUACCACGCACAGCCAGGCUCCGACCAGGCCCUCUGCACCCAGUACAUCAUCUAUGACCCUCAGGAACCUCACAGGCCGGCAGUGGUGAGGCGAGGUAAGGUGUGGUCAGCACCCUCCACCUGGCUCAUUGACUGUAUCACAGCAUUCCGCCUCCUCCCCGUGCCGGAUCCUCAAACAUCGAUCUAAACAUUUUUUCACAAAAUCAAAAUCUAUUCGUUGAGUAUGGUCAUCUUGGAGUUUUUUUUUAAAAUACACAAUAAUUAAGUUUACAUGAAUCACAAACAAUAAUGUAGCAAUA